CAAUAUGUGCUGCUUAUGACACUUGUAUCAUGUGAUCAGGAUAUAUAUCCUACAAUAACAACAAGUGCAGCUUUACCCUGAGAUUAUUAUCACCAUUUUCCAAUGCACACAGUCAAAGAAGCAAACACCUACUGACACAAUUCAACAAUUUUUUAACACAACCAACUCAUGGUAAGACUUUAACACACCUGAGUCCUCCAAGCGCCAUGGCUGGUGUAGACGACGUUCCUACAAAACCGAUACCGGCCUUUUAUUGCUGUUAUCUUCUCCGAUCAACCGUUCGGCAAACUUCUCUGUACAUUGGCUCUACUCCUCACCCAUCUAGACGGCUCGCGCAACAUAAUGGUGUGUCAAAAGGAGGAGCACGUAAGACCGCAAAUGACAAGAGACCUUGGGAAAUGGUGCUCAUUGUAGAAAGCUUUAUGAGUCGGACUGCUGCCCUGCAGUUUGAGUGGGCAUGGCAAAAACCGGGCAAAUCUCGUCAUCUAGGCUUUGGUGAAGAUAGUAUGGAAUCUGCUCGAGGGAUGGGUAAAACCCGACCUCGUGGCUCGGCGAGGUCCUUGAAAGGGCACUUGGAGAAUCUGCACGCUUUGCUACGAUCGACAUACUUCUCCAGUCUGCCCCUCCGAGUACGAUUCUUUGCUGACGACGUUCACCAACUGUGGAGGGUCUGGAGUGAUCGCGUAGAUGGUGUCAUUCCAGAGCAUAUCAAAGUUAUCCCAGAUGGUAGCUGCGUCGAAAAUAAGCAGCCUGAUAUUGAAUACGCGAGAGUUGGUAGCGUCGAACACAUUCAGGUUGACUAUAGUAAGAUACGUGAUUACGUGGAAAAGACAGCGUUUCAACUGGACGAUCCAGAAGACUUGCAGUGCAAAGUUUGCCAAACACCUGUUGUCCCAAAGAAAGAGCUGAUAGUCAUCUGUCCUCAGAUGCGCUGUUACUGCGUAAGUCAUUUAUUAUGUCUAUCGGCUAGGUUCUUAGAUUCUACUAAAGAGCGAGGAAGACUCGUCCCUAUAUCUGGAACAUGUCCCGGAUGCCACAAAACUGUCCAAUGGUCACUGAUGAUGCAGGAGCUGAGUUUCCGGACCCGAGGAGGAAAGGAACUGCAGACUAUUUUGAGGAAAAAUAAACGAGGGGACUUCAGCAUAAAUAAUGUUCCGAGAGAGGACACUGAUGAUGUGAGGACAGUUACUGCAGAAUACUGUGACUUUUCUGAGUCAGUUGAUGCCUCAAUGAAAGGGCCGAACGAUGCCUUUGAUGAGAGUACACACGACGACAUCUCUUUAGAAGAUGACUGGUAUGAGUCGCCGGCCCUAGAAUCGGACCAUGAGAUCGGCGAUUGGUCGAAAAGCCAUCCUGCAAUGUCCACAAGAGUCGAAAUAGUCAUUGAGGAUAGCGAUUGUGAUAAUACAGGAUAAAAGCGCCCGGUGAUUCGCCU